AUGGCCAUCUGGCUGUUCAGACAGGCGCGAGGUGCAUUUCAAGAGCACCAAGCAAGAAAGACAAUUAAAACUACAGAUGAUUCUCAUCUUGUACCUGAGACGACUUCAACACACACGCAACACAAAGGACGUGACAGCGAGCAUGAUAUCGAGCUUGGCUCCCCUAGAGCGAGUCACAGUUUAAUCGGACAUUCCACGACAACCGCACAAGAACAAGAGCAGGCCCACCAACGGAAUAUACAGCAGUGGAAGCUGUUAAUUGGAUUGGUGCUCCCAAAUUUCCUUGCGGCUGUGGAUGUCACUAUCGUUGCGCCGGCGAUUCCACUCAUCUCAUCUGACUUUGAUCGACUAUCAGGUAGCUUCAACUGGAUAGUCGCCGCCUACACUUUGACAUUCACCACCUUUGUGCCAGUAUCGGGCCAGUUUGCAGAAGCCUUUGGCCGCCAUUCGACACUACACUUCCAGAUGUUCUGGAUCAUGAUUGGCAGCGCACUAUGUGCCGGCGCUCAGACCUGGGGCAUGCUACUCGUAGGCAGAGCGCUACAAGGUCUAGGGGCAGCAGGCAUUAUGAACCUCAGUCGAAUCAUAUUGUCCGAUAACGGAGCUACGCUGGCCCAGAUCUCGACGAACAACUCGACGCUUUCGUUGAUCAGUGGCAUCAGUUAUGGCGUUGGUCCAGUCAUUGGUGGCUAUCUUGCAGACGCAAGCUGGCGAUACUGCUUCGUACUUCCCGUCGGCCUUGCAGCGCUCUCACACGUCCUCAUUGUGUUCCUAAUGCGCAAGGAACUAGUCAAGGGCCACGCAGCGCGAGUAGCGGACACCCCAAACAGCUCUCGACGCUCGAACUACCUCACUGGCCUUUUGAGCAUCGACUGGCCAGGCGCAGCCCUUUUUAUACUCGGUGUUGGUCUGAUCAUCCUUGCGUUACAAUGGGGCGGUACUCAGUACGCGUGGGACUCAGCAGCGACCAUUGCACCUUUUAUAAUUGGUGGGCUUUUAGUAAUCGCCUUCUUUGUGCACGAGUAUCUCCUUGGUCCUGGACGGUUCACUGCUCGCCUACUGCCACGUCAGAUCCCAAUGAUUCCGUCAACUCUCUUCCGGAAAAAGGAUACGUUCCUCCUCAUGAUCAUCAACUUCUCAGCGGGUAUAUCGCUAGUCAGCGCCUUCUACUUCAUCUCAUAUUACUGGCAGCUCGCUGAAGGCUACUCGUCUUCUAAAGCGGGCGUUCAGCUCUUGUACUACACUCCUGGGCUGGGUGUUGGUGUGUAUGUUGCAAUGUAUUUGUGCAACGUCCGACCCGCGCAGACAUUCUUUCCCCUAUUUUUCGGUUCGAUUGUGGAAGGUGUUGGCCUUGCAGUGCUGACCUACGCUGUUUCUAUUCGCCACGGUAAGCUGGUCAGCGUUUUCUUAGCCAUCUCUGGAGCAGGCACUGGACUCCGCUUUAUGCCCGUCGUGCUGCACGCUGCAGGCAUCUGGUCGACACGUGUUCCAGCGAUGCAAUCACUGCUUUCAUUCAUGUUACCUCUCGGAGAGACCAUCGGCAUCUCGAUGAUGGGAGCCGUUUUCUCUAACAAGCUCGACGUUUAUCUUUCGGGGAUUCCGGAGUACACUGGAGGGACCGGGAAACUUGCAACACUUGACGGCCUACCAGCACCCAUCAAGGAGAGUGUACAGAACGCUGCCGCUAGAUCGGUUAUGUGGGCUCUGAUCACUGUUCUGCCGUUUGUCGGCUUGUCAAUUGUAGCUUCAGCUUUCCUUGGUAACGUCUGGAUCGGUAGUGUUGCGGAGGAAGGGAAGAAGGAAGAAGCGGAUCAGAAGGCAACGAAGGGAUAUGUCAUGUAUGGCGUAUAUUUGCUAGCCAUGUUAAAGAGUCGCGCCGACGCGGAGAAGGAGACGUUGGACUUCGACAGAGGGCAUGAAGCUAGACAGAAGGUACCUGACGUGGAAAGUACCGAGAUGGCUACACCCCAAAAUGCUCAUGUAAGAUAUGAUGGAUAG